UCAUGUAUUAUAUUAAUUCUCUACGCAAAUAACAAUACCAACAAAACUACGACAAAAUUAUACCAAGAAGUUGUUGUGACUACGGCUGCCUAAUAAUAUCGUCAAACAACUGUUUAUUUUAUUGAAAAAACUGCCAACAUGUUUCGGGGUGAAAACUCACACUCACUGAGCUAUGAACAGCAGGCAAAAUUUAUUCAAGACCGAAUUUCUAGCGUUGAAAAGAACUUUGGCGAGUUGUGUGUUGGUUUCGGUGAUUACGCAAGAAAAACAGCAAGGGUGCGAGAUAUGGGCGAUGAACUAGCAAAAGUCAUUAAGGACUACGCAAAUAAUGAAUUAGUUAAUAAAUCACUAAGCGCGGGACUUGAUAAUUUAUCGCUCACAUUAUCGGCUAUUGAGGAAUAUAGAAAUUGUGAAGUACAGAGAUUAGAAGCCAAGGUCAUCGGCGAGCUAUGCCAAUAUGAGAGUAUCUGUAAGCACGCACGCGAGGAGUUGAAGCAUACUAUGAACGUACGGGAGAAGGAGAUGGCGAGAAAGAAGAUAUUGGAUAAAGCUAAAGAGAGACAACCGUUUAAUCGACAACAAGUGUCAUACGCUGAAACGGAACUGUUGAAGGCGUCUGCAGAGAUGACGCGCACGGCUAAAGGCCUCAGCGAGCAGACGGAGUUUUUCGAGCGACGCAAACUGCAGCAACUCAAAACUCUUCUGUCUAAUUUCGUAUCAAUAGAGAUGACUUUUCAUGCGAAGGCGUUAGAGCUUCUCACUGUAGCGUAUCAGCAAAUCGCUGAUAUCAACGAGAAAACUGAUUUAGAGAACUUUAGGAGAAAGUUAAGGUCCCCGGAAAAGCAAGUGAGCCAUGGUUUUUCAGCAAGAUCCACAUCCUUGUCGUCACUAUUGCACAACUCUUUGUAUAAAGCGGACGAUUUUACAACGGCCCCCGGAAGACUGCAGUCCCCCGAAAAGAACGGAAUAGGAAAAGCUAAGUCAAGUUCAAUUGGAGCUUUCAUGAAUCACGCAGCCAAUGAUGACGAUGAAACUACUGAAUCCGAUGGUUCGGAAGAUACUGAAGGCAGUACUUCGGAAGCGACUGAAUCACGCUGAUUUAACUUUUUACCCGUUUACCAACUUAUUAAAACUACCUAAUUGCAAUUUAGAAUUACUUUUAUAAGUUAUUAGAAGUUAAUAAGCUAUCCUCUACUUGG